UUUACCAGAUGCUGGUGGAGCGAUGACGCAGCUUUGCUUUCUUUGCCCAUCCCGUCGAAUGAUGAGGUGAUUUCAUGCCAAGGCUGCCUAGGAGACGUGCCGCUGCGAGCAGGGCGGGGAAGAACAGCAAUGGGUUGGGGAGAAGUUGAGGAGGAGGAGGAGGAGGAGGUGGGAGUACGGCUCACUCGCCUUGUGGUGCAGUCGCUUGCUUGCCUGCCUGCCUGCCUGCCCGCUUUCCUGCCUGCCUCCCUCCCUCCUCCUUGUCAGGAUUCCUGGUUCAUAGCCGUUGCUCCUGCUCUUGACAGAAAUAUCUUGCCUUUACACUUAGUUGCAAAUCUGUAGAAGACUACUUUCUUCAUUACCCAGCCACAGAAUGUGCGGAGAUAUUUUUUUUAAAGCUAUUUUUCAUGUCAGCUGCACUUUUUCCACAGUUAAGAACUAUAACCAUGUUUGAAAGGCAGUGACCUACUCUUUUCAAGAAACUUAAAAGGCAUAAUGAUAUCCACAGCACCUGUAUUCUGCACUUGAUGCAGAGAGGCUCAUGCCUUCCACUGUAUUUGACUUGGAAUUUGCCUCAAUGCGUGUGCUCCCCCCUCCAAGUUAUCUGGCUUGCAAAACUGGGAAAGCAGCAACGGCUGCUCAUCUUUGGCAGUAGAAGAUUAUGGUGGCGGCUCAGCACUAGGAAUCCAGCAGCAGCAGAGCAAGACUCGGGAUGCAUUUUCACUAAAAAUCCUCAGCAUUAGGAAGGGCAGCUGAAUGAUUUGGCAGCUGAGCAAAAAUUGAGAUCAUUUAUAACAAGGAAGCAGGAAAAGCAAGAACGUGGGGCUGGGGGCAAUAGCUCCAGUUUUUUUCUGUGCUUUUAGGGAGGGAGGUUGUCAUGGCAGAUCGGACUGCUCCUAGAUGCCAGCUCCAUCUGGAGUGGGUAUAUGGGUAUAGGGGUCAUCAGUGCCGCAACAACCUGUACUACACAGCAGGCAAAGAAGUGGUUUACUUUGUGGCUGGAGUCGGCGUGGUUUAUAACACCAGAGAGCAUACACAGAAAUUUUUCCUGGGGCACAAUGAUGACAUUAUCAGCCUAGCUUUGCAUCCUGAUAAAACCCUUGUGGCUACAGGACAAGUUGGCAAGGAACCUUAUAUCUGCAUCUGGGAUUCUUACAAUGUACAGGCUGUCUCUGUCCUAAAAGAUGCACAUACCCAUGGAGUUGCCUGCUUGGCUUUUGAUUCAGAUGGCCAGCGUUUAUCUUCAGUGGGGUUGGAUGCCAAAAACACAGUCUGCAUUUGGGAUUGGAAGAAAGGAAAACUACUGGCAUCAGCUACUGGCCACUCAGAUAGGAUUUUUGAUAUUUCCUGGGAUCCAUAUCAACCUAACCGAGUGGCUAGCUGCGGAGUGAAACAUAUCAAGUUUUGGACACUGUGCGGAAAUGCCUUGACAGCCAAAAGAGGAAUAUUUGGCAAAACAGGAGACUUACAAACUAUCCUGUGUUUGUCUUGUGUGAAAGAUGAUGUUACGUUCUCUGGUGCUUUAAAUGGAGACGUCUAUGUCUGGAAAGGGCUCACCUUAGUCCGCACAAUACAAGGAGCUCAUAGUGCUGGAAUUUUUAGUAUGUAUGGAUGUGAAGAAGGGUUUGCAACUGGUGGAAGAGAUGGCUGCAUUCGACUGUGGGAUAUUGAUUUCAAGCCAAUAACUAAAAUUGAUCUCAGGGAGACUGAGCAAGGAUAUAAAGGUUUAUCUAUCAGAAGCGUGUGUUGGAAAGCAGAUCGGCUUCUAGCAGGAACACAGGACAGUGAAAUAUUUGAAAUUAUUGUGAGAGAAAGAGACAAGCCAAUGCUUAUAAUGCAAGGUCACUGUGAAGGCGAGCUCUGGGCUCUGGCAGUCCACCCCAAAAAGCCAUUAGUUGUUACUGGCAGUGAUGAUCGAUCUGUGCGCUUAUGGAGUCUUGCUGAUCACGCUUUGAUUGCCCGAUGCAAUAUGGAAGAAGCUGUGCGGAGUGUAUCUUUCAGCCCUGAUGGAUCUCAGCUGGCUCUGGGAAUGAAAGAUGGCUCUUUUAUUGUUCUGAGAGUAAGAGAUAUGACAGAAGUUGUUCAUAUCAAAGAUCGGAAAGAAGUAAUUCAUGAAAUGAAGUUUUCACCAGAUGGCUGCUAUCUUGCAGUGGGUUCUAAUGAUGGUCAGGUAGAUAUCUAUGCAGUUGCUCAGCGGUAUAAGAAAACUGGAGAAUGCAGCAAGUCUUCUAGUUUUAUCACUCAUAUUGACUGGUCUCUAGACAGUAAAUUCUUGCAAACAAAUGAUGGUGCAGGAGCACGCUUCUUCUACAGGAUGCCAUCUGGAAAACAUUUGGCAAACAAAGAUGAGAUCAAAGGAAUUUGUUGGGCUUCAUGGACCUGUGUGAUAGGAUCAGAAGUAAAUGGAAUCUGGCCAAAGUACAGUGAUGUUACAGACAUUAACUCUGUAGAUGGAAAUUAUAAUAAUACAGUUUUAGUGACUGGAGAUGAUUUUGGACUAGUUAAAUUAUUCAGAUUUCCAUGUCUUAAAAAAGGUGCAAAAUUCAGAAAAUAUAUUGGCCAUUCUGCUCAUGUUACAAAUGUCCGCUGGUCACAUGACUUCCAAUGGGUAAUCAGUACAGGAGGUGCAGAUCAUUCUGUUUUUCAAUGGCGGUUUAUUCCUGAAGGUGUAACAACUGGAAUCCUUGAAGCAGCCCGUAUAGAAUGUGGCAUAGAUUCAUACAGUGAAGAAUCAGAUUCUGAUUUAUCAGAUGUGCCAGAAUUAGAUUCAGAUAUUGAACAAGAAGCUCAAAUCAAUUAUGUUCGGCAGGUUUACAAAGAAGAUCUACCUCAACUGAAACAACAACGUAAAGAGAAAAGCCACUCAGUGCCCUUCCUUAAGAGAGAGAAAGCUCCUGAUGACAGUUUAAAGCUGCAAUUUAUACACGGUUAUAGAGGCUAUGAUUGUCGAAAUAAUUUAUUCUACACACAGACUGGAGAAGUGGUCUAUCAUAUUGCUGCUGUUGCUGUGGUGUAUAAUAGACAGCAGCACACCCAAAGACUAUAUCUUGGUCAUGAUGAUGACAUUCUCAGCCUUGCUAUCCAUCCUAUGAAAGAUUAUGUUGCUACUGGACAGGUUGGGAGAGAUGCUGCUAUUCACAUUUGGGAUAUACAGAUGCUCAAAUGUUUGUCACUGCUAAGAGGCCAUCACCAAAGGGGAAUAUGUGCACUUGACUUUUCAGCUGAUGGGAAAUGCUUAGCUUCAAUUGGAUUAGAUGACAAUCAUACCCUUGUACUGUGGGACUGGAAAAAAGGAGAAAAGAUGGCAGUGACCAGGGGUCACAAAGAUAAGCUCUUCGUAGUAAAGUGCAACCCUCAUCAUGCUGAUAAACUAGUGACUGUUGGAAUAAAGCACAUCAAAUUUUGGCAACAAACAGGUGGUGGUUUUACCUCAAAACGUGGCAUGUUUGGAAAUAUUGGGAAGCAGGAAACCAUGAUGAGUAUUUCCUAUGGACGGAUAGAGGAUUUCGUUUUCUCUGGAUCUGCAACUGGAGAUAUUUAUAUCUGGAAAGAUGUUUUGUUGGUUAAGACAGUAAAAGCUCACGAUGGCCCUGUAUUUGCUAUGCAUGCUUUAGAUAAGGGCUUUGUGACAGGUGGGAAGGAUGGUGUUGUGGCACUUUGGGAUGAUACAUUUGAGAGGUGCUUGAAGACAUAUGCCAUCAAAAGAGCAGCACUCUCUCCUGGGUCUAAAGGGUUGCUGCUGGAAGAUAAUCCAUCAAUCCGUGCCAUCACUUUAGGACAUGGGCAUAUACUGGUGGGAACAAAAAAUGGAGAGAUUCUUGAAAUUGAUAAAACUGGUCCCAUGACUCUACUUGUGCAGGGCCAUAUGGAAGGAGAAGUCUGGGGUCUAGCAGCACAUCCCCUCUUGCCUAUCUGUGCAACAGUGAGUGAUGAUAAAACUCUAAGGAUCUGGGAGCUUUCCUCCCAACAUCGUAUGCUGGCAGUGCGAAAACUUAAAAAAGGUGGACGAUGCUGUGCCUUCUCCCCUGAUGGGAAAGCCUUGGCAGUUGGAUUGAAUGAUGGAAGCUUUCUGGUUGUGAAUGCUGAUACUUUGGAAGAUAUGCUUUCUUUCCAUCACAGAAAAGAAAUGAUAUCUGACAUCAAAUUUUCUCGAGAUUCAGGAAAAUACCUGGCGGUGGCUUCCCAUGAUAACUUUGUAGAUAUUUACAACGUACUUACCAGCAAAAGAGUUGGAAUCUGCAAAGGAGCAUCUAGCUAUAUCACACACAUAGAUUGGGAUUCAAGAGGGAAGUUACUACAAGUCAAUUCUGGUGCCAAAGAACAAAUCUUCUUUGAAGCUCCAAGAGGAAAGAGGCAUAUAAUAAGAGCCACAGAGAUUGAAAAGAUGGGAUGGGACACCUGGACAUGUGUUCUUGGUCCUACUUGUGAAGGAAUUUGGCCAAUGCAUAGUGAUGUCACUGUUAUCAACGCAGCUUCCCUUACUAAAGAUAGCACUCUCUUAGCUACAGGGGAUGACUUUGGGUUUGUAAAAUUCUUCAGAUAUCCAGUAAAGGGUCAGCACGCCAAGUUUAAGAAGUAUGUGGGUCAUAGUUCCCAUGUCACCAAUGUCCGGUGGUUACAUAAUGAUUCUGUGCUGUUGACAGUGGGUGGUGCUGACACUGCCCUGAUGAUCUGGACUCGAGAAUUUGUUGGAACCCAGGAAAGCAAGUUAGUUGACAGUGAGGAAUCAGAUACUGAUGCAGAAGAAGAUGGAGGUUAUGACAGUGAUGUUGCACGUGAAAAAGCAAUUGAUUAUACUACAAAGAUCUAUGCAGUGAGCAUCCGAGAGAUGGAAGGCACAAAGCCACACCAACAAUUAAAGGAAGUUUCAGUAGAAGAAAGGCCACCAGUCAGCAGAGCUGCUCCUCAACCCGAGAAACUACAAAAGAAUAAUAUCAACAAAAAAAAGAAAGUGGUUGAGGAACUGUGUUUAGAUCAUGUCUUUGGAUAUCGUGGAUUUGAUUGCCGCAAUAACCUUCAUUACCUCAAUGAUGGUGCUGAUAUUAUUUUCCAUACUGCAGCAGCAUGCAUAGUUCAAAAUCUCUCAACAGGAAGUCAAAGUUUCUACCUGGAACAUACAGAUGACAUCCUCUGCCUAACAGUCAACCAACACCCAAAAUAUAAAAGUAUUGUGGCCACCAGCCAGAUUGGUACUACACCGUGUAUUCACAUAUGGGAUGCAAUGACUAAGCAGACUCUAUCUAUGCUGCGCUGCUUCCAUUCUAAAGGAGUGAACUAUGUUAACUUCAGCGCAACUGGCAAACUUCUGGUGUCUCUAGGAGUUGAUCCAGAGCAUACAAUCACAGUAUGGAGAUGGCACGAAGGUGCUAAAAUUGCAAGCAGAGGAGGUCACCUAGAGAGAAUCUUUGUUGUAGAGUUUCGUCCAGAUUCUGAUACCCAGUUUGUUUCUGUUGGAGUAAAACACAUGAAGUUCUGGACUCUUGCUGGAAGUGCUUUGCUCUAUAAAAAGGGAGUGAUAGGUUCGUUGGAUGAUGCGAAAAUGCAAACCAUGCUUUCGGUGGCAUUUGGAGCAAAUAAUCUCACUUUCACUGGUGCCAUCAAUGGAGAUGUUUAUGUGUGGAAAGAUCACUUUCUAAUUCGACUUGUGGCAAAAGCUCACACUGGCCCCGUCUUUACGAUGUAUACCACUCUUCGCGAUGGGCUCAUAGUUACUGGCGGGAAAGAGAGACCAACGAAAGAAGGAGGGGCUGUAAAACUAUGGGAUCAAGAGAUGAAGCGCUGCAGAGCCUUUCAACUUGAGACGGGACAGAUUGUGGAAUGUGUGCGCUCAGUGUGUCGAGGAAAGGGUAAAAUUUUAGUGGGGACCAAAGAUGGAGAAAUCCUUGAAGUUGGAGAAAAAAAUGGUGCUUCUAAUCUUCUAAUUGAUAGCCACAUGGAAGGAGAAAUUUGGGGCCUGGCAACUCAUCCAUCCAAAGAUAUAUUCAUAUCAGCUAGUAAUGAUGGGACUGCAAGGAUCUGGGACCUUUGUGAUAAAAAACUUCUGAAUAAAGUUAAUUUGGGCCAUGCUGCAAGAUGUGCUGCCUACAGUCCAGAUGGCGAGAUGGUUGCUAUUGGCAUGAAGAAUGGAGAGUUUAUUAUUUUGCUUGUCAACAGUCUUAAAGUUUGGGGCAAAAAAAGAGAUAGAAAAUCUGCUAUCCAGGACAUCAGAAUCAGCCCUGAUAAUCGGUUUUUGGCAGUGGGUUCACAGGAACAUACUGUAGACUUCUAUGAUCUCACACAAGGCACAACCUUGAAUCGAAUCGGCUAUUGCAAAGACAUCCCAAGUUUUGUCAUUCAAAUGGAUUUUUCAGCAGAUGGCAAAUACAUUCAGGUAUCAACUGGUGCCUACAAACGUCAAGUCCAUGAGGUGCCACUAGGAAAGCAAGUGACAGAUACAGCAUUUAUUGGAAAGAUCACAUGGGCUACCUGGACAAGUAUCCUUGGGGAUGAAGUCAUUGGUAUUUGGCCCCGAAACGCAGAUAAGGCAGAUGUCAACUGUGCCUGUGUGACCCAUGCUGGCUUGAACAUUGUCUCUGGAGAUGACUUUGGGCUAGUCAAACUCUUUGAUUUUCCAUGUACUGAAAAAUUUGCCAAACAUAAGCGUUACUUUGGUCAUUCUGCACAUGUCACCAACAUACGCUUUUCUCAUGAUGACAAGCAUGUUAUCAGCACAGGAGGAGAUGACUGCAGUGUAUUUGUUUGGCGAUGUCUUUAAAGGUCACAACUCUCCAGGAUCAUUCUUGCCACCACUGCCAUUCGAGUGCCAAACAGUAAAUGCAUGGCUGCGAUUUCGAACUGUUUAUUUAUUUAUGAAAGACACAAUUAGACUAUGUAAUACAUCCCCAAAUAUAUGCAACCAUGGGGAAAUCAAAUAUUACAUAAUUUGAUAUUGACUUUUAAAUAAUUAUUCUAAUAUAUACUAAAAAUCUGUCUUGCCAAAUUAAAUAUUCAGGAAUACAAUGCCAAGUCCAGGGUCUCAAACUCAAAUUGUCACAAGUGCCAUGUCUUAGCCUGACGGCCAGAAGACUGAAGCCUUCCUGCGCAUGAAUUAAGUCCAAAAUGGAAAGUAUCACAUGUCAUGUAACAUAAUAUAUUGUGCUCUUAAAUCAAACUUUAUUACAAAGCAAAGCUACUUGCAAGGCAGCCAUUUUGGCCACUUGGCUGGCAGCAUUUUCCAUUAACUAUAAUACCAAUAUCUGGUUUUAUUACAUGAUGUAUAGUUUUUUCUAAAUCCCAUUAAGAAUAAUACCGGCUAGGGCUAGUCCUAUCGACUAUAAUCUUAAGAUUUAAAGGUUUCCCCUGCCCAGUCAUGACUGACUCAAAGGGGCGGUGCUCAUCUUGAUUCUUAGCUGAGGGAGCCUGCAUUGUCUGAGACGCUUUCAUCAUCAUGUGGCCAGCAUGAAAAUACGGAAGACAGUAACCUUUGUGCUGAAGCAGGACCUAUUUAUCUAUUUUAAUCUAUUCUCAUUUGCAUGCUUUCAAGCAGCUCGAUUGGCAGGAGUUGGAGUGAGUAAUGGGAACUCAUCCCAUUGUGCAGUUUGUCAGCUGUCCAGCUGACAAGCCCAAUGUCUUAACCGCUAAGCCAUCAUGCACCUCUCGUCCCAAUUAAGAGCAGCCAAAAUCCUGCUUUUCUUCUUAUUGAGCAGGCUUCUCUUUCAGACUUUUAUUUAUUCACCACUUUCGUCCUCUUGCCUGUUCUUGUCACUAGCCAAGCUCUCCUCCAUUUGUUGGGUGAUGCCCUGCUUGGUAUAGGAAUGCUCACAGCAAGGCAACCAGGCCAGCCCCUUGGAGAUCUCAGUGCUGCCUCAGAGCCCCUUCUUGGAGGGGGUGCUGCCAGUGCAGCACAGAUUGCACAGCCCAACCAACCAGGCUCAGCUGUUGCCAAGAGAACUACAUGAUUGGUUCAAAAUGAGUCUCUUUGGUGCCUGCAUGUAUAGAUAUCUGUACAUAGGUCCCUGACCUCAGUGUCCAUAAGAUCUUAAGUAAUGGACCACACAAAAUUAUUUCAAUGGCCAUGAAUUUGGGACCCCUGAUGAGGCUUCAGCAGUGUAUUUAAAAAAAAUGAAAGACUUCAAUGUGAAAAUAGUGAAGGCAAGCUUCCUUAAUUCUUAAACUUGUUCCAUCAUUCCUAAAGAUUAUUAGGGACAGGAUACAUUAAGAUAAAAGCAGGGUUUGGUUCAUGGCUGAUUUUAUUUUAAAAAAUGAAAGAGUUAGCAGUGCUUUCUCCCUUCUUCCCUUAAGUGUAUUAGAUGAAAUUAUUUUUGCCAUGUUUCUACAAAGUGCCUUUUGAAAACUUUUCAGAUACUGCAGGAUAUAACAAUCUUCUGCCAUUGCCUAUUUUCUGCUCAUGGUGCUAAAAGCUACAAACUGACGAGGGCUGACGGUCACUUUUUCCCCUAAAUGUCACCAUGUUUAUUUUUUUAUUUAUUUUACUAAAUUUCACCUUCUCUCUUAAUAUCAACAGCAAAGAGUAAAGGUACAAGGCAGACAUUAAAAAUAAUGGUCAGUCAGUUUGACACUACAUUUGGAAAUAGUUCAGAAUAGAAGAAUGAAAUGAAAAAUGAAUAAAUACCCCUCCUUUCCUUCCCAUUUGAGAUACAUUUUUCAAUACUUUUUAUCCAGCCAAGCAAUAGCCAAGAUGGCAUUUUAACUUCAAGGGGGAGGGGGGGGGAGUCCCCUUUCCUUCAUGAAGUGGUUCAAGGGCAUUUGUUUUACUUACAGGCCAGUGAUAAAUUGGCAAUCAUACACAUUUGUGAUGGUAGGGGACCAUUUAACUAUAGAAGUUGAGGAGCUUAUUGCAAUUGCUGAAGCCUGCAGUUUUUCAGUGGCUAAUGACCAGGAUGAUGAUACUUUUACCUUCAAUAUCAUAGGUGACAUGCCUCACUUGAAUGCAACUACUGAUGGUCACAGGCAGGAAUGUACUAUUAUGUCCUGCUUGUGGGCUUCCCAAAGGCCAUGGGAAAUAGAUUGCUGGACUAAGGUAGCUUUUGAUCUUGUCCAGCACAACUCUUACUUUCUGUAACUCGUGCAGUGAAACAAUCCUAGAUUCAGUUCUUUGUAGCAUUAGUUUAUUUAACAAUCGGUAGCGAGGUGAAAAAAAAAAGGGAAAUGUCCUAGUCUGCAUUGAAGAUUAGAGGAAUCAGGUUGAAGGUAUAGAUUCUUUAAAAAGGAACAAAUUCCUUUUAGAACUGAUGCAAGCAAAAAGGGAAAGGGGGCAUGUUUCUGAUAUAAUAAUCAAUGUAUACAACACAAAAGUGCUUCUGUAAAUUUAAUGGACUGCUGUAUGUGUGUGUGUUAUUUGAUUAAUGCAAUAUGUUAAUGCCUUAUACUCCUUUAUUUCAUACAUAUGUCCUAUGCAGUCUUAUUCUUUUAUUUUUCAUAAGGAAAGUUUCCCAUUUUAGCCAAUGUAACCAUAUCCAUCUGGUGAUGUCAGGUGGUCACCUUGUUUGCCUCUGUUGUAAUACUGGCCUUUCAUAUGGAGUGCAUCUUGAAUCUGUAACAGAAUGAGCUGCUGUAUAGUCAAAAUGUGCAAGAAAAGUGAAGAUGAAUAAUAUAUUUGUGUGUGGAAGAAAUCUUGUUCAUAUCAUUUAGAACUUUAUGCUUAAAUUUGAUGCUGUAUUAUAAUGUAAAUUGAAAUAGUACUGCAUGAAUUUAUUUUUGAAAUGAUUCAGUAAAAGUUUUAUUAUUUGAAAACUGAUGCCAGAUUUUCUUUGGGAACAUCCAGCAUACUGGAAAGAACAAUAUGUUUCUUGUGGAACAGAGGAAAAUAUUAGUGGUUGACUUAUUCCAAGACAAAGCUUUUAAAAUGCCUUAAUAUUCAACCAUUUUUAUCACAUUAUCUUAAACAAACAUGUUCCUUAGAAUUGUUAUUAAAAAGAGUGGCAUGAUAGUAAUAUUAGAUAUAUUACAUUUAAUAUAGUUAAAACAUGUUCCCCAAAUUGAUACAUUGCAUCAUGUAAAACUGCAUUUAAUUUGCUGCUUUGUUUUGGUUGGGAUACUACAUUUUGCAUUUAUACACAAAAAAAUUCUGAUUACUUUUCAGCAAAAUCCAUUGAGAAUUAAGGUGGUACUAAACUAGAAUAUAACUAUGGCUUUAACUGGAUAAUCAAGCAGUAAUGUGCAUAUGCAUAAGUCAACCACAUCAACAGAAAUCCUAAUGUUGGGUAUAAAUCAAUCAUUUUUAGUGAUAAUUGUUCAUACGCUUAGUUGUGAAGCAUGAUAUAGCAUGUUAAGUGCAAUCACAUUUACACAUAUGAGUCCAUACACUUUAUUGAUAACUCAAAAUUGUUUUCUUUUUACAUUUCACAAUGCAUCCCACAGACGUAGUUCAAUACAGCUUAAACCCCACAUGUAUUUGAAAUGUCCAAAUGGCAUUUGCAGCAUUGGGGUAAAAUCCACUGACCCAUGCACAGAUGCUGAGGAUUCCAAGCACAAUGGAAAACAAGCAUGCCGGGGGCUCCUUGUUCUGCCUGCAAGGAUCUGAGGAUCACAUCAUCAGAAAUUCAUUCCACAGAUUCAUAGUUUUGAGAACUGUAAACUUGUUUACUUAAAAUAGACUAUAGGAGUUUGUGCAACAAAGGAUAUGGCAGAAACUGUAAUGUGCAGAGUUGCUUUUGUUUAUUUAAUAGGUACUAGUUUUUUUCUGAAAAUUUAAGCUAAUAUAUUAAGGAGCUCAAAAAAAAACCUCAGUUCAUUUAUCUAGUAUUUCAAUCACUAUGGAGGAGCUGGACAUCCUAAGCAGCUGUAACACACUAUAUAUUUAAUUUUAUAUUGGCAAUUGAUAAAAUAGUAGAAUUAAAAGCACAGUACAGCUAAACU